AUGGAGCACGCUGAGAGCGGAUCUGUCAAGGUGGCCCAAUUUGGCUCCUGCGUCGAUGAGACACUUAACACAAUCACUGAAACCCUGCAAAUGGAAGAGGAAGAAAUUGUGAUUGACGAUUGGCUGUCCAAACCAUCUCAUCAACGUAGAUUAUGGUGUUCACCAAAAGGGUUGGCUAUUCGAAAAGGUACAUAA